GAGAUGUGCCGGAUAAUCAAUCACAUGAACAUUUUUUAGAAAGAAGCAUGAUUUCUUUUGUCCUCUUCUCAAAAGAUUGCCUUCAAAUUGGAUUUCGAUGAUCCCAAUGGUUGUAAGUUAUACAGCUUGUGUUUCACAGAGGUGUGCUUUGGAGCUUAGAAUUUGCCAUGGACAGGGAUGAUGAUAAAAGCAAAUACACAAUUCAUGUCAAUAUGCAUGAUGGUUUGGAUGGGUGCUCCUACUUCCUCAAAGUCAUGCUAGGAGAUUUUGUUGAAAGAUUGUUUACUUUACUGCAGAGAAUUCCAGCUGCAUUUUCUCAAAAGCUUAGAAAGGAGACCAGUGAAGAUAUGGUUUUGCAAGGCCCAAGUGCUCAGCAGUGGGUUGUAAAAUUAUGGGGAACAAAUUCACAACUGGAGUUUAGGCAGGGUUGGGAAAAAUUUGUUGGUGACCAUGCCAUUGAGUCAGGGGAUUUUGUGGUUUUCAAGUAUGUAUGUAGGUCUUAUUUCAAAGUCAGAAUAUUUGAGAAAAAUGGGUGUGAGAAAAAAACUAUUAUUCGCUCUGAGAAUUCGGACAAGAUAUGCAGUGACACUGCCACUGCUACCCAAUUGCCAGUUGCUUCAGAUUUUGAAGAGGAACUGAAUGAUCAUACAGAGGGAAAAGUUCCUCAAGUUAGAAAAAAAAUCAAAUUCUCUGCUCAUGAUUUUGACGAGGAACUGAAUGAUCAUAUAGAGGCAAAAGUUCCUCAAGUGAGAAAAAAAUUUAAAUUUUCUUCUCAUGAUCUUGACGAAGAAUUGAAUGAUCAUACAGAAGCAAAAGUUCCUCAAGUUAAAAAAAAAUUCAAAUUCUCUUCUCAUGAAACUAAAAAGUGUGACUCGGCCAUAGGUCGUCAUCGUCAUAAACAAUCUCUUGCUGGAAGGCAGGAGGAGACAGUGAAGUCUGCAGAUACUGAAAGAAAGAGUUGUCAAGAAUCAAAAUCUUGUCAUCUUCCUCGUAGGCGUCGUGAUUUAGGAGGAAGAAACAAGGCCAUUCAGGCUGCUUAUUCUUUCACAUCGACUAAACCCUUCUGUUUAGCAAAUAUGGCGGCAUCUCAUGUCUACAAAAGAUUUUGGCUCAAUUUGCCCAAAAAUUCUGCAGAGCGUCUCAAAUUACCAAAAGAAAUGAGGGUGGUGAUCCUUGUGAAUUCUAACUGCGAUAAAUGGCUUGUACGGUACAAUUGGAGUGACUCCAAAGGCAGAGGCGCUUUCGGUGCAGGAUGGAUGCAAUUUUCAGUGCAAAACAAUCUCCAGAAAGGGGACAUAUGCAUCUUUGAGCGGAUAGACAAGGGCAAUAACAUUAUCAAGCUGAGAGUCCAUAUUUACAGGAUUGCAGAGGAGAGUAAUAAUUCGGAAGGUGGAAUUAGCAAAGAUAGAGUUGCAAUACCCACAUAUCAUUCCAACAAGAAGAUGAAAGUCUCAAAGGAAGAUCUCAGAACCAAUUUGCCAGCAAAACUUGGCCGCCCUAAACGGGGGAAACAAGGAGCAAAACAUUGCCACCCAAAACAGGGGAAACAAGGAGCAAAACAUUGCCACCCAAAACAGGGGAAACAAGGAGCAAAACAUGGAGCCAACCAAGUGGAAGAGAAGAAAAAUAAGAUAAACCCUAGAACUAAUAAUCUGAAACAGACCGAAUCAAAAUAUGUCCCUUCCAAAGCUGGCUAUAGGCGCAGUGUAAGAUUUUCAAAACGAUGCAAUUUAGUAAAGCCUGGAAAGAAAGAACUUCUUUGUCUUCCAUCAUCAUCUGCAAGGGACACGGUGGUCCUCUCAGAUGAGACCACUCAUGUAGAUGGUGUGAAUGGAGAAGAAGGAAUCACUUCUGUAGAUGAUGUGAAUGUUGAAGAAGAAGAAGAAGAUACGAUGAUUGUUUUGGACUGCAAUGGUGAGCCUCAUGCAAUGGCUCCUCAAAGCGAUGCCUUAAAUCAAUUCAUGAGAAUUUCCUUAUAUCCCAAAAUGAAGUAAAAAGGCCAGGCAUCAAAUUUGGUGGUGGCACUGUAAUCAUAGAAAGCCACUUCUCUAGUUGAUAUAACACUCUUGAUUUUAGAAUUUGAAUCAACUUCUUCAAUGUAGCCGCCUAAAUUAGGGAUUUUGUGCUGAGUGACACUGUAUGCAGAACCUACUUCUCUACCUCUUAUAUUAGACAAGCGUAAUUCUCAGAUCUUCUGCAAGUGUUGAAUGUAUUUCUAAAAUUCUGCAACACAUGAUGUAUCUUCUCCGUAGAAAAUGUAAUUCUAAAAUGUAUUCUGGUUCUAAA